AUGAACUGGACUGAAGGCGCACUAGCUCGCCACUCUCGCCGAAAAGGCUGGGACAAGGACGCAGCUCGGCAAAAACAAUACUUUGCUAAAGCCAGAGCCAAGAAGAAUGCCCCCUCAUCAAGCAAAGGUCUAGACAUUGUAUCAUUUGUCCCCGAUUACAUCAAGCAGUCACAACCUCAACAACCCCAGGACCACUACUCGCCAUCUUCAACUCCUGCAAAGAAACAAAAAACACCAAAGAGAAAACUUAUACAUAGACAGAACGAUACCAGCAAAACACCUCGUCGCGAACUUGUUCAGGGGAUCAACGUUGAAUUACCGAAGCCUGGCGGCGAACCUACCCCGGUAAAUCAGUCCAAAAAAGACCACCAAGAACCGGACAUUGCGACCAAAAGGCGAAAAUUGCUUGAAAAAGAUGACUGGACAGGCGUUAACACGCAGAAGCCUUUGAUGGUAAACUCUACUUGGCGAAAAGACCGUUCCCCCCGACCACAAGGAACCGCCAACUUUAGGCGAGAUCUCACAUCUCUUCCCCCAAUAUACGAUCAGUAUGACCACGAUAACAAGAAAACACUGGGUCGACUGUCUAACAACGAAAUGAGAAUGAAAAUCGGAAGUCAAAACCUUCGCUGGAGCAGAGAGAGCAACUCUGUGCGAAGUUUUGACACACGGCACGGCCUCCUUGCUCAUAUUGAUUCGAGCCCAGACAGAUCGCUAAACCCAGGAACAAUGUCGCCUUACCAACUACCCCCGAAUACCCAAGCACCCAUAAGAACUACAAUAAGGCCCCGAAAGCGCGACAACAGUCCAGAUCGUCUUGAUUCUCGAGACAAACUAACCGCCUUUUCUAAUACUGCCCUGAGUACCGCAUACGGAAAUAGCACCCAAAAACUGAAUAGGCGAAAGGGACCUGAUGAACCGAGAUUCGUUGCAAAGGCUCACAUACCUAUCAUACAUCAACCACAGCCAACCCGAGGGACGCGACCAUCGAUGUUCAACAUACGUUCACCUGACCUGGAAGAGAAUAUGAGUACCACUGCUGUUCUGGGUGCCCCAACACGAUUUUCCAGGCGUAUCACAACCGAAGACAUACGGUGGAAUUCAUGGUUGAACUCCAAGGCCACAAUGGCGUCGAAAGAGCCAGCUCAAACUAAAGAAAUGAGCGAGUCCCCAAGGUCCAUUAGUCCUGGAAUUAGCCACUCCUGGAACUCAUCAGAGCAACACUCGAAAACACAAAGCCCGGUCCAACCUCGAACUCCACGACGGAGACCCCUGAUCCAAACUGAUGAGCCACAACCACAAUCCUGCGAAAUCAGGUCAUCUAGCGUUAUUUCACCUGACAGUAUACAAAGCGAGAUGCCAAGUUCUGAACCAGAACUCCCUGAAAUACAGACAGAAGACGACUCAACUUCCCCCACUACUCUAGAGACUCACGAACCACUUAAGAAUCUGGACCAUGAUAGACGGGAUACUUGUGUCGAGCCCCGAAUUGACUGGGUACUUUCGGCUCGAACAAAUUCACGAAAGACUACCAAGGCUCGAGACUUGCUUGAUUUAUUGACUGAGAGCGAAGACAAGAAUGGAGUAGUGGCUGAAAAGGACAUUGACAGGAAAACGAUACUAAAUCCGGAAGACGAAGACGAGAUUUGGAAAAGGUUUGUUUUCGAUAACGAUAUCGCUGAGACUACCCGCAGAGCCCUCGAAGAGGCGAAGGAACAGACUAAACGCGAACUGGACCUCGAGAAGAUAAAUCGCCCUCGUACGUUUCAGGACUUACCACUAGCCUCAAGCUCGACGGCACCGCGAAGCGAUGUUGCUGAGCCACCCUCAGUGUCACGAGAUAGCUCAUUAUCGAUGAGGAAGACACUUAAUAUGGAGGACGAUGAGAUGGGAAGACCGUCGGGCACAGACCUAGACUCAGAUCUGGAGGAUCAGUCAUUCUCGGAGGUCACCGCAAAGGUAGAUACUACAGAUGCCAACGACUCGAUCAUUGCUCAGCCCUCGUCGCCCGAACCGAUACAGGCCGAGUUUAAAUUCCACCAGCCUCAACUCUUCAUUGGAAGAUUAGCUGCUGGUGCACCCUCUGAUACACCAUCCGUAACCUUAUAUGAACCAAAAAAGGGGAGACGAUGGAGGAAGCGCCGGCACAAAGAGCGGCCUGAUUUCCGCGCCAUGCCCGACUAUGACGAUGAUCCAAUUGAGGAAGACUAA